CAAAGUUGUCCCCAUCUCUCUCGUUUGAUAGAAAUCGUGCAUUAAUCAUGUUUGGACUGCACUGCAGUCUGCAGGUUGCCAGCAAGUAGUACUAUACAUGAGAUAUAAGCUCCCCAGGCGCUGGCUGUUGCCAACUUCACUGAUGGGCUUUGAUGUAGAGGCGGCCGGCAUGUCAGCGGGCAUUAUCCUCGGGCAUCUCACCUGCCUUUUUGCUGCCCUGUCACGGUAGGCUGUGGCUAGCAUUCACAUUUAAGAGUGGGUACUGAUCGAUCUUGUUAACAACCAUCACCAUGAGUUUGUUGCAAAGCAAGCACUGGGGCAGGGACGUUUGGCAUGCCUUCAAGGACAUUUGCAUCGUCUCGCCCCUGCCAGGCUCAGCGACAUGUAUCUCGGUUUUGGUACUGGCGUCCCUCUAUCUCCUGCAAGUAUAUCGGCGAAAACAACGAACGACACGCAUACGAGGACCUCAGAGCCCAGGCUGGGUGUUUGGCUUCGCCAAGACAGUGCUAGAUUCCACCCUUACAACGGAACUGUACGAACGUUGGGCCAGGGAGUACGGUCCAGUGUACAAGGUCCCGGGUGUCUUUGGACAGUCCAAGGUUAUACUAUGGGACCCGAAAGCAAUCUCUCAUUUCUUUGCAAGAGACACAUGGUUGUAUAACCAAAUUCCGUUCAACAAGAACGCCGUUCGAACAACGCUCGGAAAAGGAGUGUUAUGGGCCGAUGGUGAAAGUCACAAAAGGCAGCGCAAGGCUCUCAAUCCUGCCUUUAGCGCAGCUGCUAUUCGCAGCUUGACAUCUGUUUUUCAUGAUGCCGCUCACAAGACAGUGAUCGCUUGGGACGAUGAGAUAGAAUCGAACCAAGGAACUCAUUGUGCAGUAAUUGAUGUUCAAAAAUGUGCGGGCAUAGCCGUCUUGUCACAUGACUUUGGCGCACUAGAUGGAAAUGACUCCGAGGUCGUGCACGUCCUGAAUGCAUUUGGUUCAUCCGCCAAUGUUUCCAACAUCUUGGUCAUAUUGGCACAAAAUUUUCCUUCCAUCCUGAAGCUGCCAUUGCCUCGCACACAAUUCUCCCGAAAGUUUCGCCUGAUAAUUGGCAAAAUAUGCCAGGAGAUGCUAUCGCGGACACGCAAGGACAAGGAGACUGGCGGUGCUGCGCAGGGGGACAAAUCGUGUUUGGGUUUGCUCUUGAAAGCGGAGGAAUCUGGUGAGAGCGCGGGACUGACUCCACAAGAAGUAAUAGACGAGGCAAGGGUUCUCCUUCUCGCCGGCUUUGAAACCACUGCAGGUAACUGGGCUUUGGUAGAACUUGCGCGGAAUCCAGACAGUUCGGACCGACCCCCCUCAUAUGACGACCUCGCGAAUAAGCUUCCCUACCUGGACGCUGUGGCGAACGAAGUUCUUCGCCUCCACGCACCAGUCAAAGAGAUCCCGCGAUCGGCUACGCAAGAAGACGUCAUCCCACUCAGCGAGCCCAUGCGCACAGCUGCCGGUAGCUUUACCGAGAGUGUAUGCAUCCCAAAGGGGACUGUGAUCGUUGUCCCGUUCGCCGCACUCAAUUGCUCUGUUAGCAUGUGGGGCCCUGACGCGAAGACGUUCAGACCUUCCCGGUGGUUCGAAGGGGACGAUGGUACUCAUGGAGCCAGAGAAGCCCUGCAUGGCUACCGUCAUUUAAUGACAUUCGGUGAUGGAGCGCGGAUGUGCCUAGGGAGGCUAUUUGCAUUGACAGAGUUCAAGGCUGUGCUGUUCGUCCUUGUGCAAACCUUUGUGUUUGAGAUGGCGGAUGGCCCUGGGGUGCAGAUUGUGGAGGGUUUGGGGAUGUUACCGAGGCCGGCGGUGGUUGGGAGUGCUGAGACUGGAAGUGUGCCUCUCCGGGUGCGCCGCUAUGAGGUUUGACUGCUGUGUGACUAUGUAAUGGUAUCGUAAGAAAACUGUGCUAACGUCAAAUUUUCAAUCUCAGGAUCUAUCUAUAUAAUUUGCCGAAUUUUCAGGCCAGGGCUGGAGCCGUAUUGGUAUUCGUGCAUUUGUAGGUUCAAAUCGAAGGACGCCACAGAAUUUGCGCCCAUUAUGAAGAGGUUGAUGGGCCUGCAAGCUUGUAUCAUCCCCCCAGCAGUCGUGUUCCUGUAUCGGCGUCAGACUAGCAAACGUUCAAGCAGGAUGGAACUACACUGACAAAUGUCGACAUGCUGUUUCGACACAAGACAGGUGUCACUGUCAGAGACCUGAAAAGAUCAAUGGAUGAAGGAUCAGCUGAUCAUGG